AUGGUUACUGAGAAAACAAUAGUUGAAGAAGUCUCCGGUUGGCUACGAAUCUACAAUGAUGGCUCCGUGGACCGCACAUGGACCGGACCACCCGAGGUCAAGUUCAUGAUCGACCCCGUCCCACCCCACCAGGAAUUUUCACACGGCAUCGCCACCAAGGAUGUCACCAUCAACGGCACUACUAAUCUCCGAGUCCGAAUUUAUCAACCAGAGAAACAACACGAUGAUCAACACAAGCUACCGAUUCUUCUUCAUUUUCACGGCGGCGGUUUUUGCGUUAGCCAACCUAAUUGUUUUAUGUACUAUAACAUUUACUCUAGGCUUGCGAAGUCUGUCCCCGCCGUUAUUGUCUCCGUUUAUCUCCGGCUAGCUCCCGAGCACCGCCUUCCGGCUGCAUGCGACGAUGGCUUCGAAGCCCUGAUGUGGCUCCGUUCACUGGCUCAGGGCCAGUCACAUGAGCCUUGGAUCAACAAAAACGGAAACUUCAACCGAGUUUUUCUCAUUGGAGAUAGCUCAGGAGGGAACGUGGUGCACGAAGUAGCAGCACGUGCAGGAAAUGUGCACGACAUAACUCCGUUAAAACUAGUCGGAGCGAUUCCGAUCCAUCCGGGUUUCAUGCGGGCAGAACGGAGCAAGUCGGAGUUGGAAAAACCCGAGUCACCGUUUUUAACCCUAGAGAUGGUGGAUAAGUUAAUUAAGUUAGCGUUACCGGAGGGGUGUAAUAAGGAUCAUCAUUUAACGUGUCCAAUGGGGGCGGCUGCGCCGCCGUUGAAUGAGCUAAAACUGCCGCCGUUUCUGGUAUGUGUGGCGGAGAAUGACUUGAUGUAUGACACUGAGUUGGAGUACUAUGAGGCGAUGAAGAAGGCGGAGAAAGAUGUGGGAUUGGUGAUGAGUAAUGGGAUGGGGCAUUGUUUUUAUUUGAAUAAAAUUGCAAUAGACAUGGAUCCAAAAACUGGUGGAGAAACUAGCAAUCUUAUUCAAAGUAUCUCAGAGUUCAUAAAAAAGCAUUGA